AAAUAAGUAACCGCUGAUGCUAUUUCAAACGCAAACCUCACUCAUCUGUUAACCGAUUAUUUAGUAGCUGACGCACUCGUUGAUACUCUCUAAUAUAAUUAGCAUAUGAGCACACAUAUAAAGUGUGGGAAGUUUUUUUUAAUUAGAGAUGUGUUAGGAUUACAUGUAGGUGAGGUUUUGAAAAAAAAAAAUAUGUUGGUUCGUACGUCCGAAUAAUUUGUUUUGGGUAGUUGCGGAUGAGAAAAGUAAACAAUUCAGAUAAGUUUUGAAGCCCAAAAACUGAAUGGGCUUCAUCAUAAGGCCCAAUCUGUUUCUGCGGUAAGGACAGGCCUGGUCAAUGUGGCUGGACACUGUUGUUUCACGGGAAAUAUGAAGUCCAGUACCAAUUAUAUCCAAAUCUAAUCACGUGUCAUGUCACACAAAAAGACUGUCACAUGAUGCUCUCAGCAUUCAAAUUUGGAGUUAUAUUAGCUCACCACUUUAAACAGUGGUCAUGCUCACCGUCCUUUGUUUAUCGCUGGAUGAGUUCGGUUUAUUCUAUUUACUGUCCAAAUUUUAAAUUUACAAGGCACUUUCAAUAAAUCGGGAGUGACAACAAACUACUCUUCACUAAAAACACAAAAUUUUUAUACUAGUCAAACACUUAUUUCAAUGUAAAUGAGAUUUUUGUAUCUCGCUAACAUUAUCAAUUAUAAGUUGUCGUGAGGACUAAAUUCAUUUGUGCAAAAGAAAAGAAUUGAGGUGAAUUCGAGAUUACGUUUGAUUAGUUUAUAAGUGAGACGUUUUAGGUUCGAUUCUCACCUUACCAAAUGCGAAUACGAAAUAAAUUUUUAUGGCUAAUUCAUUGUGAGGCUGACCUCCACCUCAGUGUAGGUCUUAAAUAAAGUUUGCUUAAUUUGUGCUAAAGGGAGCAGUCAUCAUGUCUUUUUCAAUGUUAUCACAUGUAAAGGACUCACUACCCUCCAAAAGCAAAUGAACAAUUUCAAUUCAUUUCCUCAUGCUCUACUGAUUUGGACUUGUUCACACACAUUAUAUAUAUAUAUAUGUCCAACAUAUUGGUCUCUUCCUCCACCUUUCAUUUGCUCUGCCUCUUCCCAAAUUGCUUCAAGUUUUCUUAGCUUGUCUUUAUGUUUAUGAUUAAUUAGUGUUUUAAGAGUUGUAAUUAAUUGGAUCAUCAAGUAAUUACCAUACAUGUUGAUGGGUGAUUCGAUUGAUGAAGAGUGUGAUUACUUGUUUAAGGCAGUUUUGAUCGGAGACUCCGGAGUUGGCAAAUCGAAUUUGCUAUCCAGGUUUUCCAAAGACGAAUUCCGGUUGGAUUCCAAGCCCACCAUCGGCGUCGAGUUCGCUUACCGGAAUAUCAAGGUUGCCGAUAGGAUCGUCAAGGCUCAAAUUUGGGACACUGCCGGCCAAGAAAGAUUUAGAGCAAUCACGAGCUCAUACUACCGUGGGGCGCUUGGCGCCAUUCUGGUGUACGACAUUUCCCGGAGACAAUCCUUCGAAAACGUGAGAAACUGGUUGCGAGAGCUUCGCGAGUUUGGUAAUUUGGACAUGGUCAUUGUCCUCGUCGGAAACAAGUCGGAUUUGAGCCAGUCUCGAGAGGUCGACGAGGAAGAAGGCAAAAGUUUUGCAGAGGCAGAAGGGUUGUGCUUCAUGGAAACGUCUGCGUUAGAGAAUGUGAACGUGGAGCAAGUAUUUUUGGUUAUGAUUUCUAAGAUUCAUGACAUUACGAGGCAGAGAAGUUUGGAAGCAAAAGUGGAAGAAACGAGUGUUGCGAGUAAAAGUCUCGGUGGUGCGAAGGAAACCAUCCAUAUUGGUGGUGAUGAUCAUGAAGUUACGGCUACUAAGCAAUCUAGUUAUUGUUGCUCAAAUUAGCUGGUGUAACUUCUUGUGUGCCAACAUCAAAUAUAUGUUUGAAUAUGCAUUUAUAGAGACAAAAAAUAUUUAUUCAAAAUGGGAUUUCACUGUAGCCACCACGGGUUGGCUAAUAGUUAGGGACGAA